AAUAUAUAUAUAUAUAUAUAUACACACACACACGCACGCAUACACGAACUUUCUUGCGUAUCACUCCAGUUCCACUUUCAUCUUCCUCUUCACAUCGGAUACAGAUCAAGAAAACAAAAAACAGCAACAACAAUGGCGGCAGCGAUGGUUCUUGACCCAAAACCCUUAUCGGACCCAUCACACUCCCUCCCGGCAACCCUACCCGACCCGUAUCCCUCCUCCUUCGACGACGACGAUCUCUACAGUCGCCUCAAGUCCCUGCAACGCCAGUGCGAGAACAAAGAGAUCAGAGAAGAGUACGUAAAGGACGAACAGAAGAAUCUGAAGCGCGAGUCCCUCCGAGCCCAAGAAGAGGUGAAGAGAAUCCAAUCUGUGCCUCUCGUGAUCGGCCAGUUCUUGGAGAUGGUUGCUCAGAACUACGGCAUUGUAGGGUCAACCACGGGCUCGAAUUACUAUGUGAGGAUUCUGAGUACUAUAAAUAGGGAGCUCUUGAAGCCCUCGGCGUCGGUGGCGCUGCACCGGCACUCGAAUGCCCUCGUCGACGUGUUGCCGCCGGAGGCCGAUUCGAGUAUUUCGCUGUUGAGUCAGUCGGAGAAGCCUGACGUUACCUAUAAUGAUAUUGGAGGAUGUGACAUUCAAAAGCAGGAAAUCCGUGAAGCUGUUGAGUUGCCUCUGACUCAUCAUGAGUUGUACAAACAGAUUGGUAUAGAUCCUCCGCGUGGUGUGUUGCUCUAUGGUCCUCCUGGCACUGGUAAAACCAUGCUUGCCAAAGCUGUUGCUAAUCAUACUACUGCCGCUUUCAUUAGAGUUGUUGGCUCCGAAUUUGUUCAGAAGUAUUUGGGUGAGGGUCCACGAAUGGUUCGUGAUGUUUUUCGCCUUGCCAAAGAAAAUGCGCCUGCAAUAAUCUUUAUUGAUGAGGUAGAUGCUAUUGCUACUGCUAGGUUUGAUGCUCAGACGGGGGCCGAUAGAGAAGUUCAACGAAUCCUAAUGGAAAUUUUAAACCAGAUGGAUGGAUUUGACCAGACAGUGAAUGUUAAAGUUAUAAUGGCAACUAAUCGAGCUGACACUUUGGACCCUGCACUUCUGCGUCCUGGAAGGCUUGAUCGAAAGAUAGAGUUUCCUUUGCCCGACAGACGACAAAAGAGACUUGUUUUUCAGGUGUGCACUUCCAAAAUGAACUUAAGCAAUGAGGUUGACUUGGAGGAUUAUGUUUCUCGGCCAGAUAAAAUUAGUGCUGCUGAGAUUGCUGCUAUUUGUCAAGAAGCAGGGAUGCAUGCCGUCCGUAAGAACCGGUAUGUCAUACUUCCUAAGGACUUUGAGAAGGGUUACAGAGCCAACGUAAAGAAGCCUGACACUGACUUUGAAUUUUACAAAUGAUCAUGAGAUAUGGAAGUAGAUUUGGACAAUUUACCAAUCACCUUUAGUAGUACUUAUUUUUAUUUAUAUUCUUACGUCUUACUUUGUUUCCAUUAUUGUCCAUGUCAAAAUUAUUGUUUUCUUAUGAAACCAUUAAAUGAUUAUUAGCCACCAAAUUAUGUAAUCUGUUCUAUGAUGUUGAAAUUUGUCUUCUUUGGAA